GUUUAGUCUCCGCUAGACAUGGUGACGACAUUAGCAUCAAGACAGCUGAAUUUAGAUAUAAAAGGAGGAAAGGCAUGUCGUUGUGAAAUGUAGUUGUAAUAAUCAUCCUUAAUUUCUAUCAAUUAUUCCCAACAUGCCAUUCCCUUACACAAAAGUCCUAGUGAUCGGUGCUACAUCAGGCAUUGGCAAAGCACUGGCUACUAAACUCGUGCAAAAUGGUACCCAGGUUGUCAUUGCUGGUAGGAGGAAGGAGAAGUUGGAAGAGUUCGUCAAGGAGUAUGGCACUGAGAAGGUCAAAUCCAAAGUUUUUGAUGUCAUGAAUCUUGAAGCAAUUCCCCAAUUUGCUUCAGAAGUGAUUUCCGAAAACCCUGACCUUGACUGUGUCUUCGUCAAUUCCGGAGUCCAGCGGCCAUUUGAUUUCGCACACCCCGAGAGCGUCGAUCUAGACGUUUUCGACCAAGAAUUGGUCACGAAUUAUACCUCUGCAGUUCGUCUCACCAAGGCAUUCCUCCCACACCUGCAAAAACAACCAACCCAGACAGCCAUUGCAUUUACCACAUCACAAAUGGCUCUUGUUCCGAUGAUGCGCUGUCCGAAUUACGGUGCCUCCAAGGCCGCACUGCACCAUUUCAUCCUCGCCCUGCGUACGCAACUGCAGGACGGAGCCGGAAAUGUGAAGGUGCUGGAGAUAUACCCGCCCGCUGUGCAGACCGAGUUGCACGACGCAAAGCACCAACCGGAUCUGAAAGACGGCCAUCUCAUUGGAAUGCCGCUGCAGGAAUUCAUCGAUGAAGUGUGGGCCAAGCUAACCCAAGGCGAGGAACAAAUCCCGGUCGGAUCAGCCAAGGAUAUCUUUGAGGCGUUCGAGGUUAAGAGGCAAGGGAUAUAUCAGCAGAUGACUGAGAUGCUGGCGGGUUUGCUCAAGCAAUUCUUGCGAUGAGCGAUCGACUUGUUGGAUGUGAAUUAGAGAUAGACCAUUCAGCAACGC